AUGUCACUUGUUGCUGAGAUUGUGUCGCGCCUAGAUAUCAAUAUCGAUCGAUAUCACUUCCAUGCCAUUGCAAACGCAAACACGAACGUGAACACCCUGAACGAAUCAACCUCACAUGAUCGCAACACACGAAGUCUGCAAACUACAGCGCGAUCUCUGUCGGUGGACAAUCAUGGAGUCCUUUCUCGGCGCAAUCUGUUGCGGCUUCUGAACCAAGCUUGCAGCGACGAUCUGUUUUCGUCUCAGCAUCAAGAUGGUACUCACAAGGGAGAGUCUUUCGACGAACGAUCUUGGUUUUUGGUUGCAAAAUUCACCACACAAUCAUUGGGUACUGUCCUCGGCCUCCUGCUCGAGCAGUCUUCCCUCAUUGGCGCUGAAAUUGAUUACUGGAACGACAUCCUCGGUUCAAGCUUAUACACUGGACAUUACACCAUCCAAACGGCGCCCUCGAGGAUAUGGGGGUGGAUGUGGGAAGUCAUUUCAAAUUUGAAGACUGCAUCUGCACGCGAAAAUUUGACUUCAUUGAAUGCAAUCAACAGAGAUUGGAAACGAUUCUAUCAGCUCGUGCAAAACAAUAUUCAACAAGGCCUUUUGAAAAACACAAGAGAUGCGCUAUCAUCCCCACUUACUCGCUACAGAUUGCAUAUGAGACGGAAUCGACAGGCUUUGGAAGAGCUCAAAGAUUUGAAUGCCAGUGCUAUUGGUAUUCUGCUCGAGGAAUGUCUCACAUUCGCCAGCAAUGAACCAGCGCCAGAAACUAAUCAAGUCAAAUUCGAACUCGAGAGGUAUCACGGACUACACAAAACUGUUUUAUUGAUGGAGAAUACUCUUCGAGAUCUUUCACGACCUCUAGAAUUACCCAAGAAUUUCGAAGAGAAUAUUUUUCUCGCAACCGACAACGAAUUCCAGGAGAGGCAGCGCUCGUCCGUUGAAGAGCAAUUUGUGGAGGCUAGUGAUGUUAUCGAGAGGCUGCUAUACGUGUUGAAAGAUUGUAUUUCAGACAAGCUUGUUUAUGACCAAGAUUAUAUCCGCAAGCACGGUCGUCCAUCUACCCUCGCUCGUUACUGGUUUCCAAUUGCCAUUACGUUGAUGUCAUUAAGUACCUCGCUGCGCCUUCUCACGAGUCAUAGAGCCGAGCUAGUGGAAUGGGUUUCCGAAUUUGGGGCAACUGUCAUCGACUUCUGGAGAAAUUGGGUUUUGCAGCCUGUGGGCAAGCUUAUCGGGACUAUCCGGCACGAUGAGCAAAGCGAGAUCGCGAUUAUGAGUCGAACCAGCUUGGAGGCAGAUAGGCAAAGUCUCGAAAGAAUGGUGAUCGAUUUUGUAUCUGACAACAGCUCACAAGGUCAGAGUGGAAGCCUGCAGCCGGAUGUUUCGACUAUCACGGCACAGGUCAGAGAGGGUGAUCUUACUCCUGUAUUAAAGGCUUAUGAAAGAGAUUUGCGUAAGCCAUUUAUGGGAACGGUUCGGGGUGACCUCGUUCGUGCUCUUCUCAUCCAAAUACAAAAGACGAAAGUGGAUGUGGAAUUAGCUAUGGGGGGUAUCGAUGCCUUACUCAAGAGCCAGGAGCUUGUUUUUGGCUUUAUCGGCCUAACUCCCGGCCUGCUGAUCACAUACAGCGGUGUUCGGUGGGUUGCCAGCCUGUUCGAUAGCAGAAAGGGCUUCAGAGCGGGGGUUGAAAAACAAAAAUUUCGGAAUUCCGUGCGAAACAUCGAUCGUAUUCUUGGUGCAUACCCUACCAACCUCGACAGUGUUCUGUCUUAUCGAGACUAUGGACUUUGCAUUUACGAAGCCCAGAUCUUGAAACGCAGGGCUCAAUAUACCAUACCCAGAUCUUUCCUCGCCAUUUUCCAACAGGAUCUGACGGAUCUUACAGACCUGAGCCAGGGCGUCAGGAGACAACAAAAUGCUCUCCACCGCAUCCAGUGGACGUACUCCAAAUGGAUCUGA